AUGACCAGCACCAGGAGGGACAAGUCCAUUGCAGCCUACAACCAGGAGUUGAACCAACACAUUCGUCGACAGGAGAACCAGAUGUGUGCCAGCAUGAUAGACCUGGAGAAGGUGAUGACCAGGAACAUGGAGCUUGAAGAGGAACUCAAGUCGACACGCAGUGGAUAUGAGGAGGAAAUUGGGCAUGAAACCGCCGCGCCCGACGUGCACGUCGCCGCCCUCGUCGGCUCCGUCGUCGCCCUCGCCGGCUCCGUCGCCCGCCACCUCGCGCUGCCAUCGCCAUCUCCCUCGACGGAUCUACUCGCGUCCGAGGACACCGCCCCCAUCGCCGAUCCCGUCGUCCCUCGCCCCCGGACCGCCACCACGCUCCCCCGUCCUCCUCUGGACGCCGUCGCCCCCGAGCCCGCUGCCAUGCCCCUCCCGCUCCCCUGUGAGCGCCUCCCUCUCCUCCUCUCUCCCCCCACCGCGCCGAGCCCACGCCCGUCGGCGCUCUCGCGCCCCCCUGUGGUCGAGCCCCUCGCUCGCGCUCGUCCCCACCCGUCGCUGGCCGCGCCCAGUGCCCCGCCGUGCUCGCCGUGUCCGGCUUCUCCCCGUGCUCGCGAAGCUGCUACGCCGUCUUCGGCCGCCGCAGCUGCCUCCCCGUGCCCCCCCGCUUCGCCAUUCACCGCCUCUGCCCGCAACUCCCAGCGCCGCCCUGGCCCCCCUGCUCCCUGGUCGCCGGCGCCCCGCAGCGCCCAAAUCGGGUGCGCCCCACGGGCCAGUGCCCAUUCGGGCUGUGCCCGAUAG